CUGCCCACACCCAUCCCCUUCCCUGUGCCCUUGCCCACCCUAGGGUGUUCCUGGGCACCCCCUGCCCAUGCCCAUCCCAGGAAUCCCUUCCCUGUGCCCUGGCCCACCCCAGGGAAUGCUCCUGGGCACCCUCUCCGUGCCCUCACCCAGCUCAGGAUGCUGCCAGGCAGUUCCUGACCCUCGCCCACCCCAGGAAUGCUCCUGGGCAUCCCCUCCCUGUGCCACUGCCCACUCCGGGCUGUUCCUGGGCAUUCCAGGCUCCUGCCCUCACCCACUUCUGGGGUGUUCCUGGGCAUUCCCUCCCUGUGCCCUCACCCACCCUGGGCUGGAUCCAGGCAAUUCCUUCUUGCCCACCAUUAAAUUCCUUCUCCUUGCCCACCUUGGGGUUGACCCAUUAAAUUCUUUCUCCUCGCCCGUCCUGGGGUUGAUCCAGGCAAUUCCUUCUUGCCCAUCAUUAAAUUCCUCCCCCUUGCCCACCUGGAGUUGAUCCAGGCAAUUCCUUCUCCUUGCCCACCCCAGGGAUGAUCCAGGCAAUUCCAUCUUGCCCAUCCCGGACUGAUCCAGGCAAUUCCUUCUCCUUGCUCACCCUGGGGUUGAUCCAUGAAAUUCCUUCUUUUCCACCCCAGGGGUGAUCCACAAAAUUCCUUCUCUUUGCCCACCCUGGGGUUGAUCCAGGCAAUUCCAUCUUGCCCAUCCCGGACUGAUCCAGGCCAUUCCUUCUUGCCCAUUUUGGGGCUGAUCCAUGAAAUUCCUUCUCCUUGCCCAUCCCGGACUGAUCCAGGCCAUUCCUUCUUGCCCAUCCCGGACUGAUCCAAGCCAUUCCUUCUUGCCCAUUUUGGGGCUGAUCCAUGAAAUUCCUUCUCCUUGCCCAUCCCUGACUGAUCCAAGCCAUUCCUUCUUGCCCAUUUUGGGACUGAUCCAUGAAAUUCCUUCUCCUUGCCCAUCCCAGGGCUGAUCCAGGCCAUUCCUUCUUGCCCAUUUUGGGGCUGAUCCAUGAAAUUCCUUCCCCUUGCCCAUCCCAGGGCUGAUCCAGGCCAUUCCUUCUUGCCCAUUUUGGGGCUGAUCCAUGAAAUUCCUCCUCCUUGCCCAUCCCAGGGCUGAUCCAGGCAGUUCCUUCUCCCGGCCUACCCCAAGGACUCUCCACAGCUCCCAGCCGUUUAUCUCCACCCCUCCCGCCCCAUUUGCAGCCCUUUUCACCCAAACCGGGCGAAUUUCGGGAUUUUUCUCCCCGCGCGCCAUCCCCGUGACGUCACCCCCCGGCCAUGUGACGUCACGCCCCCGCCGCGUGACGUCACCGCAGCGCGCGGUCCCGGCGGGUGAGCGCUGGCGGAAGGGGCGGGGCUAAAACCGGCGGCACUUCCGGGAGCGGCGCGGGGCGGAGGGGGAACAUGAGCUGGAUCCCGUUCAAGAUCGGGCAGCCCAAGAAACAGAUUGUACCCAAGACAGUGGAGAGAGACUUUGAAAGGGAAUAUGGGAAGCUGCAGCAAUUGGAAGAUCAGACCAAAAAACUUCAGAAGGAUAUGAAGAAAAGCACAGAUGCAGAUUUGGCCAUGUCCAAAUCUGCAGUGAAGAUCUCCUCAGACCUGCUGUCCAACCCCCUGUGUGAGCAGGAGCCCGCGUUCCUCGAGAUGGUCACAGCCUUCGACACGGCCAUGAAGAGGAUGGACGCCUUCAACCAGGAGAAGGUGAAUCAGAUCCAAAAGACAGUCAUAGAGCCUUUGAAAAAGUUCAGCAGCGUUUUCCCAAGCCUGAACAUGGCAGUGAAGCGCCGGGAGCAGACGCUGCAGGACUACAAACGCCUUCAAUCCAAGGUGGAAAAAUAUGAGGAAAAGGAGAGAACUGGCCCUGUCCUGGCCAAGCUGCACCAGGCCCGCGAGGAGCUGCGCCCGGUCAAGGAGGACUUUGAAGCCAAGAACAAGCAGCUCCUGGAGGAGAUGCCCAAGUUCUAUAGCAGCCGCAUCGAUUACUUCAAACCCAGCUUCGAGUCGCUGGUCCGGGCACAGGUUGUCUACUACACGGAGAUGCACAAGAUUUUUGGGGACCUGACGGCGCAGAUCGACCGGCCCGGGCUGAGCGACGAGCAGCGCGAGCGCGAGAACGACGCCAAGCUCAGCGAGCUGCGCGCCCUCUCCAUCGUGGCUGAUGACUGAGGCCAGGCUGGGCACGGGCAGGGGAUGGGCAUGGGGAUGCCCCUCGUUCUCAGCCCAGCUGCCCCUCCCAGGGAUG